AUGCGAGACUCCAAGGGCAUCCUGAGGUCCCAAGAGAUUGUGCUGCCCCGCAGUAGACCAGUGCAGACCAACCUGGCGCUCACCUUCUCCCUGCAGUACAACCACUUCCUCAAGGGAGAAGGUAACAAGCUCCUGAUCAUGCUGGAGCAGAGGAAGUGCUCUAAGAACAGGAACGUCCUGGGCUACGAGACACUGGCCUCUGGCGCCAUCCACAUGGCUGACGUCAUGCAGCGAAACCCCAGGUGUGGCCAGAUGCUGAGCCUCUUUGGCAGCAUCAAGGAAUCCUCCACUACGGUGGCCGAGAUCUGGAUCUCCUCCCUGUGCAGUGAGCCCAUCGAACAUGAGGACAGGGCCAUGCAGGUCAGCCCUCAGGCCAAGUCGGCAGGUAACUAUGAGGGGCAGGAUGAGCUGCAGGCCAGCCGCAGGGGAAAGCACAGACAGGACCUGGAUAAGGAUGCCUUGGAAAAGGGGAAGCCAAAGAAGCAGCGGCCAUCAAUACUAGGAAACCUGAAGCAGAAAGUCCUGGCGCUGUUUCACAGAUUCCAAGUGUCGGAGGAGGUCCUGGACCCUGAGCAGGACCAUGGGGAGCAUGUCCCGGAGGUGGAGGAGGACCUGGACCUCCUGUAUGACAUGCUGCCGAACCCCAGUGACAAUGGCCCAGACACUGAGGACGAUGGCAGUGUCCUCAGCACCCCCACACCUAAGCUUCGGCCAUACUUUGAAGGCCUGUCUAACUCCAGCUUGCCGAUGGAGAUGCAGGGCCUCCACAGCACCAGGAUCCAAAAGGAGCCUCUGAGUCUGGCCCACCUGCCCGAGAAUGCGAGGCCUCCGGGAGGCAAGCAGCCAAGUGAUAGUGACUCUGACUCAAUGGCCCACAGAAUUCGCUCCCCUGGGAAGCAGCUGGCACAGUUGGAGGACAACCGGGAGGCAGGGUCCUCCGCCCAGCAUUGGUUCACCAAGAAGCUGCCAUCCAUAGUGCGCUUCACCACGUCUCUGGUCCUGCCCUCCAGCAGGUCCAAGAGGAAGCAGGCUGGCCACCGGGGCUGCGACCCAGCCCGGAAUGAGUGGGUCAACAGACUGGACAACGAGAGCCCAGACCCACAGAGCCAGCGGCAGAUCCCCAGGAAACCCAUCCGUGACCAGCUCAACAACAUCCUCAUUUCCCAGGACAAGAUGCCCGAGAACAUCAUCCUGGUCAACACCUGCGACUGGCAGGGCCAGUUCCUUUCGGACAUCCUGCAGGGGCACACGCUGCCCGUGGUGUGCACUUGCUCCACAGAUGACGUCCAGGAGGCCUUCAGCAUCAUCGUCUCCCACAUGCAGAGAUACUGCAACUGCAAUUCCCAGGCCCUGACGCCUGUGAAGAUGGCGGUGGCAGGGGCACAGCCCUACUUCAACGCUGUGCUGCGGGUCUUCGUGGAGCAGCUGUCCCAGCAGCCACCCCAAUGGCUAGACUACAUGCGCUUCCUGGUCAUUCCGCUGGGUCCCCACCCCUUGGCCAGCUACCUGGGCUCCAUGGAUUGCCGCUACAAGAACUUAUUCCAGGACCUGUACUGGCGGGACAUGUUCAACAACCUGGAUUCUGAGAACACCUUGCAGGACACACAGGACGUUGUGUUGAGAAUCUCUGAGUACGUUGUGGGGGCCAACUGUGUCUACCUGCUGCCCAUUGCUGAGGCCAUGCUCAUGUCUAAGCAGCAGCGCCCCAAUGAGAAGUCCUCACAGCUCAUCCCCUUUGCGGGGGCAGUGAAGGUUGGAAGAGUGGAACCAUCUGCAGCCAUGUCAGGAGACUCAGAUAAUGUAGUCCCCUCCUGCUCCAGUGAGCUUCUGUCCCCUACCGGGAAGGCCUCAUCCAACACACUCUCCUGCCCGUCAAUGAGUGGGGGCCUGUCCUCCACCAGCCAGAGUGUCCAUGCAGAGAUGAUGGAGCUGCAGGUGGAUUACUGGACAGCAGCCCAACCAAUAGAUACGAAGAGAGUCGCAGAGAAGAAACAGCUGCCUACCACCAAAAACACACUCAAGUGCUUCUUCCAGUCUGUCCAGGUCAGCAGGCUGCCCCGCAGUGGUGAGGGCACAGCAACACCUGCCAUGUCCAUGACAGUGGUCACCAAGGAGAGAAAAAAGAAGGCGCCCAAGAAAACCACGGACGAGGAUGUGGAGUCCCAAAGCCAGUGCAUCCAGGGCAUUGGUCGCCUGGUUUGCAGGGCCAAGCACCAGCAGAGCAUGCUGGCGGUCGUCAUCGAUGGCGUGCAAUGGAAUGACGUGGCGUUUUUCCAGCUGGCAUCCCAGUGGUCCUCCCACGUCAAGCACUUCCCCAUCUGCAUCUUCGGACACAACAAUCACACCUUCUAG